AUGCUCCCCGUGGCCGGUCGGCGGAAGGGCCAGGCCCCGCUGUCCGCCCCGCCACCGACUGUCAGUGCACCGCCUCCAACGGGGAAUGAGCCAGACUGGCUGUUCGGCGAUAGUGACGCCAUCGCUGUUGGCCCCGCGACCACGCGAGGGACGGCCGCCGCCGCCCCUGCACCUCCUGCCACCCACGACGCGCUCUCGUUUCUUGAAUUUGAUGACGAGCCCACGUCUUUUGCGCCCCCGCCACCACGUGCCUCACCCCCAGUUGCCGUUGCGGCUCCUGCUCCUGCUGCCGCCGCCGCCGCCGCCGCCACUCCCGUGCCAUCAAAUCACGUGGGACCGGUAUCUGCUUCGCUACGUGCACGGUGUGAGAAGCUGCAAGGGGAGCUGCAGGGCGUGCGAGACGAGCUUCUCCACUGCGAGAAGCGCACCGCUCUGCUGGAGAGCGGCGAGGAUGAGGCGUGCCUGGAAGUGAAGGCCCUGGAGAAGCAGGUCCGUGCAAAGCAAGAAGAAGAAGAACAUGCCGCUGCAAUAAUGGCAUCGGUGAAGGCGGCGUUGAAGCAGAGACAGGAGCGACUGCGCGAAGAGGGUGAGACGUCUGAAAUGAAGGAUUUGAACUGUGUGAUGGAUGCCCUGCGAGCACAGUACGCAAAUGAGGUGAAACACCUAGAGACGCUUGUGGAGCAGCAGAAGGGUUCUCUGGCCGCCGUGGAGGAGCGGCACCGCGCCAUGGGCGGGACCGUCAGCACCACGGAGCCCUAUGAGAGGGCGCUAGGCCAACUGCAAGACAAGUUAAGGGCUGGGAUUAGCGAAAUAGGCACUGGCAUGUGCAUGCGUGUCAAGCCUAUUCUCGUUGGCAGCAUCAGAGAGGUGGUGGCGCAAUCAGCACAGCAGCGCCUCGAUAUUUUCUCCAAUGACCGUCGUCAAAGACGCGAGCAGCGGGACUCCUUCCAACACGCAAUGAACCAGGCGUUUGAGAAGUUUCGGGAGGAGAGAAGGAUAACGCAUCGAUCUAGAUUAGAUUCCAUUUUUGGUCACUCGAUGAUGAAGGCACGGUUGGCGCUCGAGAACCGCCUUACUGCGACUCGGCAGCAGUUUGCGGAUCAGCAAAGAGCGACGAUGGCGGAGGCUUGUAUGCGCACACAGCGCACGAUUGACGAGAUGGUGCAGAGGUCUCAAGAGGAACUGGCAGCUCUUGAAACGAAAUUCAUGGAAGAGCAGAAGCGAAAGGAAGAGCGAUAUACGGCUGAACUUUCCCACCAGGCGCGGCUUUACACAGCGGAGAGGGACGCGUUAGUUCGGCGUCAGCACCGAUUUGACAAUACGAAUUCUGAAACAACCCCACCUUCGGUGUACAAGGCUGUAGAAAAGAGCGUGGGGGGUUUACAGGAGCGUGUAGAGCAGCUGAAGCAGUCGGUGUCGUUUGACAUUCAGGCGAUCUCCUCCGCCUUUCCUGGGAUUGGAAGCGAGACGUAUGUGAUAAAGGAGAAGGAGCGCAUGUUGCAGGAGUCUGAGGAAAGGACGCGCCAGCUUAGCCAUCAGUUCGGAGUGCAGUGGCAAAGAUUCCGGGCCGCUGUGGCGCCGCUAGAGCAGUGCGUAAACUCCAUGACGGAUACACUUCGGGACGGCCGCGUAAGGGCUGCUGCUGCGCUACAGGGGGUGGAGUGUGCGUACCGGGCGUGGAACCAGGACGUGCGGCGUGAACUCGCUCGUUCCCUUACUAUUGGCAUGGCGUCGUCUGACAAUGCAGAGUUGCAGGAUGGCGUUGCGAUCAUGACACAGGUGACGGAAGACAUGCUGGGACAGAUGCACGCGCUGCAGACGGUCCACAGAGACGUGUGGGCGGCGCAGCGGGGCUUCGCGUCAAGUAUAACACAGGAGCUUGUUGAUCUAGCUACGCAGCACACCACCGCUGACACCGCACUUCACUCUGUUUUUGACGCGUACGAUCGCCUCGCCCGUGCGGCGGCGGAGGUGGAGGCCAGGCGUGGCAUUGUGGAGGCCGCGGAAGCAGACCACGCAAUAUCUCAGCGGCAACUUGAGCGUGAGAAAUCAGAUUUCCAGGAACGACUAAAGGUUGCACAGCAACUAAGCGCAAAGGUGCAGUGUGAUGCGAGAAGUUCGAAGGUGAGGCCCUCGCGUCAGAGGCACACCGAGAAGUAUUCGCGGGUUCUGCGCGACUUGACGUCGGAGAAUGUUCUCCACGAGAACACCCCUCGGGGGAAGGUGGUCCAAUCAUCGUCACAGUCACCGCAGGAGCGGCAGCAACUUAUUGUGCAAAGGCGGCGGAACCUCUUGGCAGAAGGUGUGCCGAUAGCGCAGACACUGUCUCGCUACACGUCGGAGCGGGAUGUUGAUGGUACAUCUUCCAGGAAUGAGAGCUUUACGGACUUUGUGAGUCUGUUGACCGUUGACGAUGCGUCGUCGCAGACAUUGACGUUGAGUGGAGUGGAGAGACGUGACGAGCGACGCACUUCACCUGGAUCAGGCUACGUGCCGUCAUCAGACCGCAUGUACGUUGGGGGCGAUGGCAAGUCGCUUACCACACCCUCUACCUCAAACUCGUGA